GAUUUGCUGGAGAGGCACCUGAUUCACCGGGAGCGACACGCCGAGUCAGAGCAGACAGAAUGAUCUAGAUUUAUAUGUGUGUUCAAACGGAGCCUUUUCCACAAGCUUCUCUGUUGCUUUAUCACUGUCAGGCGCAUUUUACGCACGCAUAGCCUAACUCCGGGACGCGAUAGUUUUAGAGUAUCCAAGUGGCCAAAGUGGAGUCAUGGCAGGUCUUACGCAGAGCGUGAAUAUGCCAAUAGGAGUGUUUGAGAAACUUUUCCGGCGGACUCGGUAUUUCUCAUCAUCUGGGAUCUGAUCAUGUAUGAUAUCCCUGCUGCUGUUGGAAACGUCUAAUACCUCCCUGAUUACCAGAUGGAUUGCGUCGUGUCGGCCAGCCGGCUGACAUCAGGGCCUAGUCAGUUUAAUUUAAUUGCUAUGCUUGCGUCUUGAUUGCUGUAUUGAACUCCGUCCAGCAUAAAUUUGUAAGUGCACACGGGACACCCAGCUUCUCCUCCUUGUGCCAAAAUGAGGAGAGCUGUGCUGAAAGAAGCCGCCAAACGUUUCCCCUGGCUGGCCAAUGUCACUUUGUACGGGUGCUUAUUCGCCGGCGGUGACCUGGUGCACCAACUCAUGGCUCAGAAGGAGCGCAUGGACUGGAAACACACUCGCAAUGUGGCCAUCGUGGCAAUUAGCUUCCAUGGAAACUUUAAUUACUUCUGGCUGCGGGCCCUGGAGCGGCGUUUUCCUGGAAAGUCCGCAGGAAUGGUUUUCCGCAAACUCCUGCUGGACCAAAGCUUUGCGUCGCCUUUGGGCACCAGUGUCUUCUACACGGGCGUGAGCUUCCUGGAGGAUAAGGAGGAUAUAUUUGAAGACUGGAGGGAGAAGUUCUUCAACACCUGGAAGACUGGACUCAUGUACUGGCCAUUCAUGCAGUUUCUGAACUUUGUCCUGAUGCCGCUGCACAUGCGAACAGCCUUCAUGGGCUGCUGCGCCUUCCUCUGGGCCACUUUCUUGUGCUUCUCACGGCAUAGCGGCGACGGCACCGCCGCCGUGGCUCUGGCCUUCGUCAUGGACCCCCGCAAGACUCUGGAGGAGAUGCGAGAGGCCCGUUUGGCCCGAAAAAAGCGAAGGAUCCAGAGGGAAAACUGAAGGGAGGAGGACAUCGCUUCUGUCAUUCGGACCUUUGAGCUUUAUCAGGACUGACGGGUUUUCUCUUUUGCUUAACCUGCACCCACAUACUGAAGAGCAUGUUACUGGUUGGAGACAUGCACUCACACAUACACACGCAACAGUUUAACAGAUAUGGGUUUUGAAGGCCAGUGUAAUAACAAUAAUAACAUAUUUGGUCUUGAAGCUGCUGAUAUGUUGAUUUAAUCUUCCUGCGCUGAAUAUUAUUGUUUUAUUGGACCUUUUUUAUGCCAAAAACAUGUCGUAUUUUCCCCAAAACAGAAUUCUCAAUAACAUGGGAAAGCAUUUAGAUAAAAGAGGAUAAUGAAACACAACUGAAACAGGUUAAUAAGAAAAUAUAGUAGUUAUAAUUUGUGUAAAAUACUUUAAUCAAUUCAGAUUAGGGCUUCAAAAUGAACAAAUAACAAACAGCACGGUAUUCAACAGUAAACAAACACACCCUGACAGCUGGCGAAUAACUGUUAUAAUGUUAAUAUCAGGUACGGUGGUGAAAUCCUGCAUACACACACAAGAAUGACUUCUUUAAAGGGGCAGUCCACCAACUUUUUUCAGUGUGAUAAGUACUACUCUGCAUGUGGAAACAGUUGUAUAAUGUCUUCGUCGGCUCUGGAGAAGCUUUGUCAAAUAAAUAACCUCGAUGAUGUCAUAGCAAAGUCAUCGGGGUGGUCCUGGCGUGGGCUUGGAGGCUUCUCAGUGCGUGGAGUUUGAAGGAUGUGGGCAGGAAGGAUGUAAUGAAAGAUGCUUUUGUGGUGCAUCAUGGGAAUUGUAGGACCCAGUGAUUUUAGGACUGACUCAUCCAAGGGACUGAAGUCAGGAUCUCAGCCUCUGCUGCAUAAAUUUGUAAUUCUUUCCUUAAAUUUGUCUCUCGCAGGCUCCCCAAAUAUAUGGGAACUACACUAAACUGCUGGAGUCUCAAAUUAUGGACUCAAUACUCAGUUUUAACACCUAUUACGCCCGACUUUUACAGUUGAUUUUGCAACAUAAAGGCGUGUUCACAUUACUGGGGGGGUAAAACAGCUUUUAUGUUCCCCUCCUUCACUUUAAUGUAUGUUGUGUGUGGCAACGGCUUUUUGCAGAUGUCCGCGGUGCGCCGA